CACCACUAUUGUCUUGCAAGAUAUUUUAAAGCCUCAACCUUUAAUAAUAUGGAAUAAAAGUCCUGGCCGAAGAAAGAUACUUUAGAAUAAAAGAACUUUGGGAAUCCAAAAGAGCAUUUCAAGAAAUAAUAAGCAAAUAAGAAAUAAAGCAUGGGCCUAGCAUCAUGGCCACCGAAACCGAUCCUGUCCAUGUCCUCUUCUUCCCUCUAAUGGCUCAAGGCCACAUAUUACCCACCAUAGACAUGUCCAAACUCUUUGCUCAGAGAGGCGUCAAGACCACCAUUACCACAACCCCACUAAACGCCCCACUUUUCACCAAAACAAUCGAGAAAUCCCACAACUCCAACCUCCAGAUCAGCCUCAAAGUCAUCGAAUUUCCAGCCAAAGAGGCCGGUUUGCCUGAAGGCGUUGAGAAUCUUGAUUUGGUCACGAACAUGGAAUCUACCUGGAAAUUCUUCAACGCCAUUUCUUUGCUCCAACACACUUUGGAUCAUCUUCUUCAAGAGUUACGCCCUCAAGGCCUCGUUGCCGACAUGUUCUUCCCAUGGGCUACUGAUAUUGCUUCCAAAUAUGGAAUUCCUAGGAUUGUUUUCCAUGGUACAAGCUUCUUCUCUAUGUGUGCCACAGACAGUUUAGUACGACACCAACCGCACAAGAAUGUUUCAUCGGAGACCGACCCAUUUGUCUUGCCUGGUUUGCCCGACCGAAUCGAGCUGGUAAAAACCCAAAUCCCAGAUAAUGCUCGAGGUGGAUCCGAAGACGACAAUUUCAAGAAAUUGCUACAAAGUGCUAAAGAAGCCGAAAAGCGAAGCUUUGGAAUACUUGUUAAUAGUUUCUACGAGCUUGAACCCGCCUAUGCCGAUCACUACAGGAAUGUUCCGGGGAAAAAAGCAUGGCAUAUUGGUCCUGUCUCACUCUGCAACAAGAACGUUGAAGAUAAAGCACAGAGAGGGAAAACAUCCUCCAUUGAUGAGCAUACUUGCUUGAAAUGGCUCAAUUCCAAGAAACCCAAAUCGGUUGCCUAUGUGUGCUUUGGAACUAUGUCUAAUUUUUCAGCUUCUCAACUGCAUGAAAUUGCAAUGGGUCUUGAGGCAUCUGGGCAGGAAUUCAUCUGGGUUGUGAAGAAGCAAAAAGGUGACGAAGAUGAAAAGGAAACUUGGGUACCAGAAGGAUUCGAGAAAAGGAUAGGAAAUAAGGGAUUAAUCAUAAGAGGUUGGGCACCCCAAGUUCUGAUUCUUGAUCAUGAAGCUGUGGGAGGGUUUGUGACUCACUGUGGUUGGAACUCGGCGCUUGAAGGUAUCAGUGCUGGGCUUCCAAUGGUGACAUGGCCGAUAUUCGCUGACCAAUUCAACAACGAGAAACUGAUUACUGAUGUUUUCAGAAUUGGGGUUGGUGUUGGUGCUCGGAAAUGGAUUAGGCUGGUGGGGGAUUUUGUGAAAAGGGAACAGAUUGAGAAGGCGGUUAAGGAGAUAAUGGUUGGUAAGAGAGCAGAGGAAAUGAGAAGCAGAGCAAAUAAGCUUGGUGAAAUGGCAAGGAAAGCUGUUGAAGAAGGAGGCUCAUCUUACUCAGACAUGGGCAACUUCAUUGAAGAAUUAAAAGGGUCCCAAAUGAGGAAGCAGGACUGAUAUUUACCAUUUUUAUUUUUAUUUUUAUUUGUGGGUAGCUAAAACAUAGAAGUGUUCACGCUAAUUUUAUUCUAUUGUAAGUCCUAUUAUCGGCAAAACAAUGCAGAUGUCCAUGCCCUUAAGAAAAGGAUUGGCUCUUUAACACCUUCAUUAUUGAUGUUAAGUUGAAACACAACAUGAAUCAUAAACAGGAAAUUCUAAAAUAAAAAGAAAACAAAAUAAAAAUCCUUGGAUU